AUGUUCCGCCCAAGGCAUUUCCCGCCCCACAUAUGGCGACGAAGUUAUUCUAGGCGGAGCCCAAUGGCCCUGCGGAAUCUUGGCUUGCGAUGCAACUCGACAGAAGUUGUUUUUCUAAGAGAUGUCCAUAGACUGGAGCAGGCGAGAAACCACGACGACAAAGGGCGGCAAGGAGACAACAUGAAAGGGCAGGUUGCAAAAGACGAGAAAAGCAGCCACCCUAUCGCAAAAGAUCUCUACAGAAUAGAGCACCGAGAUCGAUACAGAGAUGAACAUACGCGCCAGCAACAGAUUAGAAACGAGGGAACCAAGGGAAACGAGGAAAUACUCGGGGAAAAUGAAGAGAAAAUACUCGACCGAAAUACGCUCGACCGAAAAAACCACGAGAAGAAAUCAUGCCAGGGGGCGGAGAGGCAAGGUUUCGAAAAUGCAGCAGAAACAGAGGUCACAGAAAGUAUGGCUGCAGAAACAGGGGCAGAAACAGGGGCAGAAACAGGGGCAGAAACAGAGACACAAACAGAGGCAGAAAGUACGGCUGCCAGCGAGUUUCCUCGCUUCGAACUAGACCCAGAGGCGCUCGCCCUCGCAUUGUCGCUCACCUUCGCGCCCACACUCUGGGAGACGGCGACUGCAGCGCGCCCGCCCGCUGAAGGAUCGAUGGUCGAGUUCCGCGCCAACGGCGUCUUGUGUUUGGGCGCGGUGGUCGCUGCUCCGACCAAAAUGUUCGACGAGCGCGCCAACAAGUUGCGCGUGGCAACCGUCAAUGAGACUGUCGUGGACGUGGACAUGGGUGACGUGACGUUUGUGGCGCACCAGGUUGUCCGCCUAGCGAAGAUAGAUGCGAAUGCCCACUCAGAAUUGAACAUUCAGCUGACUCAAGGGCCAGUCCAAGAGUCGGGCCAAGCAUCGGUGCCGCACAAAGUGCACGCGACACAAAACCCGCGCGAGUCUGUGGGAAAUGGCUGCAAAUAUCGCCCGGUUUUCCCGCUCGUGCGCCUGUUCGCGGCCCUCGCCGACACCUUUCGCGCACGUGCGGCAUCGGCCUUGCGCGCCCACUACGCCGCUGUGGCCGCCCCGCACGCCGCUACCUGCACCAGCCUCGCGGUCGCCGCGGCGGCCGUCGAACCGGACCCGCGCUCGCUCCCAAGCUACUUCCACCAGGGCGCCUUGCUCUGGGCGGUGCAUUGCGCAAUGCGCGCCGACGCCGCUCGCUGGACCGUGGCGCUGCCUCCUUCAUCCAACAUCGUAUGGCGCCGCUGUCUGAACACGCUUCCGCCCGCACCAAUUUACUUGGCCAAUUCUGUGGCGACAAUGGACGCAGUCGCCGCCCUUUUGGCAGCACUGCCUGCCGAUUGCGAUGCGCUCGACUCUUUCCUCAGUGACCUUGAGGCGCGCCCUCACGACGCUGCCGCGCUGUUCAAUCUCUGGGAGGGCCGUCGCCAUCGCGCUGCGCUCACCGCCCUUCGCCACGCUGUGGUUUGCCCGCACCCGCGACUCAUGGACCGGCUCUCGAAGUUGCGUGUUUUGCGCAAAAACUCUGCUACUUGCUCGUCUCUUCAGCCCCGCCAUGUGUACGAUCUCCUCAGGCGCAUAGGCGUAUACAACUCGAGCACAGACAUUGUUUUGUCUGCUGGGCUUGCCGGCUUGCCUCGAGAACAGGCGUUGGCUGCAGCAAAGGAUUCUGACAUCGCGCCUGGACCCGUGGUGCGUUCCGGCUCUUCUGCCCCACCCGACCUUUUCUCGCACCUCCGUAGUGCCACCAUUCUGGAGGUGUACGCUGUGGAGGGGACACCAUUUGCGUUUUCGCUUGCGAAAAUCUCCCCUCGCCGCUACAAACUCAGUAUUCACGUCAGUGACGUGGCGGCACACGUUGAACCCGCAUCUGCCUUGUUCGAGCGGUGGACCCAGACUCUGGCAAAUUACUUUCGAGUGGGCGGCGGCCCGAGUCCACUUGGAGCCGUUGCAGAUAAUCUUUCACUUUCUGGACGUCCAGGUGAACGUCCUGCUAGUAGAUUUUUCCGCGUCGGCGAUGCUUCUUCGACAAACGUUCUGUCUGAGUCUACAUGUUUGACCAUCAGCCUUGACUACCACACGGAGAGGACUGACCCAUUGGCUGAUCUUUCGCUGUUUGUCAAUAUAAGCUUUGACCGCGUGGGGGAUGUCCGUGUUUUGUCACUCGCAGAGUUGGAGGAUCGGCUUCGUCCAGAAGAACAUCUGCUUGCAUUCCGCUUAUUUACUCGAGCGCACACGUCUACGUCAACAGCAGACAAGUUCGUCGCAAAUUUUGUGAAUAAUAUCUUGGAACGCUACCGUACGACCCGGAACCGUCGCUGCGCUGCUUUGGCGGAUCAGUCAAUGCUAGAGAAAGACAUAACUUUCGACGCGAACACCAACGAAACAGAGGACCAAAAGUUGGUAGAUGGAGCGGUAAUCCUGGCAAAUGGUGUAUUAACAGACAGAGAUAGAGGAAAUUGCACCAAGGAUACGCCUAAGGGCGUCCAUGUACGUUCUCUCGCUACUCCACGUGCUUCCCGAUUUGUACGCGAGCUUAAAAUCUUGGCUGGCUCCAUGGCAGGUACGUUUUGCUUGCGCGAGAGCAUCCCUGUCUUUGCCGAGGGCCAGGAGCUCAUGCUGACUCCUUCUGAUGAGGUGUAUAUCUCGCAUAACAACCGAUUAUUGCCCAACUUCGAGGCAAACUCGUACUACCAGACAAUCUUGGCUAGGGAUGCUGCUGGAAACGUGUCCCCAGCAGCUUACUUUGCUGGUAACAACUACUUGGCACCUCCCCGUUUGCACACUAAUGCAGACACCGUGCAUGUGCCGCUAGGUCUCAACUCUGGUUAUGUGGACGUUGAUGCUUCGUCAUCAAUAGCUGCAUACGUUAACCAACUUCAACUUCUUGCAUUUAUUCAUGCAUCCACUGUGGCCAAAACACCGCUAUUGACUCGUGUGGCAAUCUUUUCUGAACUUCGUGCUCGGGGGUACCCAUUGCACGGUCCACAUAUAUCCGAGGUAUUGGCCACUCACCUUCAAAGUAUGGAGGAUGCACGUCUUGGUGCCCAAUACAUAUCGGAGCUACGCAGUACUUUCUGGAAGUUACGAUAUGUGGAACAAACUCACGAAUCCUACCAAUGCAUCAUUACACGCGCAGGACCCGUGUCAAACGGCAGAAAACUCUGGCACGCCUUUUGUGAGCAAUUGGCGUUAGAAAUCACUGUUGAAUCGGAUCACAAUUUGGCCGUGGGCAGUGUCGUCACAACAAACGAUCUUGUACAUGUCAACGCCGUAAACGGUGAGUGCAUUGUGAAACUGGCCGACUCCCAUAAAUUUUAG